AUGAAUUACAACAAUAGCUAUGUUGAUAACAACAUACAUGACAGAAGAAAAGUGAACAAUGCAAAAGGGAAGGAAAAAGAGUCUUGGAAUAGUAUGAAUUAUGUGAAGAAUAAUUCAAUGAAUGUAACAACGAGACCAAGUACAGAAAACAUGAUGGGGUAUAGAGGAUACACAGAUGUAUCGACAAACGAGAAUGGCAUGGAAAACACGGGUUCAGAUAGAGCAUUGGGAGUUGGCAGAAAUAUACAUAUAAAUCCAAUAUAUGAUCAGGGGAAUAAUAAUAUACAUGCAGAAAACACAAAGAUGAGUGGCAGUAUGAGUGGCAAUCUGAAAAGCAGCAACAAGUUUGGUAAUAACUUUAUUAAUCCAAAUGAUAGGAACAAUGCCAAUGUUCCAAGUGCAAUAUCUUCCAAUUAUGUCGGUGCACAUCCGACUUGGAGUGGUAGGAGGGAAGGUGCUUUUAUGAACACGGGGGAAGGAAAUGCUCACUAUGCCUUCAAUGAAAGAAACUCCAAUUAUGUCAUUGGUGGUUUUCAUCAUGGAGGUAAGGAGACCAAGUACAAUAGUGGUGGCAUCUCAAGUAUGGAUCCCACUUUCCACAUCAAUAACAACACAUUGAGUCAAGAGAAUCGACAAGAUCUAGUUUAUGCACAACAUGGCAUUACAAAUAAAGAAAUGAGCGUACUAGACAAUCGUUUAAAUUUUACGAAUAAUAAUUUGUAUAAUCAGCACGAUAUGAACAACAGGAUGGUUAUUCCAAAUCAGCCAUUUAAAUCUGAAAAUAAUGGAAUGGUUAACAGUAGCAACAGUGCUAGCAGUAGAAAUUUUAUGCAGACACAGAUAUGGGGAAAUAUAGCAGAAGCGAUUAGUGGGAUCGAUGGGUACAGUGCUACGGGUUCGACAGAAGUGGGGAAGGAAGGCAAGGAAACCAAAGAAGCAAACAAGGGAAAAGGAAUAAUACAUAAUAUAUUUGAAAGUCUCACAAGUAAUGCAGAAACAAACGAUGAAAUAAAUAAGUUGGUUAAACAAAGAGUUACUAAUCUAGUGAUGAACGAAAUAGGAAAAAAGAUAGAAACACAUGAUUCAAGUUUUAUUGGAAAUAAAUUGCAAUUACUUAGAGGAUACUUCGAUGUCACACAUUCUUACGUAGUUAAUAAAAUUUUUUUUAUCCUUUUCCCAUAUAUGUACAUACGUAAAGCUUUGUGUGAAUCUAGAACAUAUUAUGUGUAUAGUCACUUGGAAAGAAAGAUGAGUAGUGCAAAUCAUGGAGAGAAUUGCAUGUCUCCCUUUUCUCUUAACCAUACGAGUAACAUACAAUCCUUCGCACAUGGCCAUCAAAAUAUGAAUAACAUGAUGAAAGGAGUGCAACAAGCUCAACCUUUUAUGCAAAAUAAAAAUUUAUUUUUCGAUUCGGCUCGUGGAGGAGCAGCAGGACCCGGUGGAUUUCACACUGGAAAUAUGAGAACGGAAGGAUUGAGUGGAAAUAUAGAAACGCACGGAGUGAGUGGAAAUAUGGGAACGCGCGGAGUGAGUGGAAAUAUGGAAACACAUGGAUUUAGUGGAAAUAUGGGAACGCACGGAGUGAGUGGAAAUAUGGGAACGAGCGAUCAGAGUGGAACCAUCGGAAGGAACAACUCUAAUGAUAUUAAUUAUGUGAAUUAUAACAACAACAUGGGAAUAUUCAAAGCAGAUUUAUACAUACCACUUAUGUCAAGUAUUACGUAUAUUCUUCUAUACACAUUGACUAUUACAGCACAGAAAAAUAACUUUGUAUUCAAGCCAGAUAACCUUUUUAACAUAUCUUCGUAUGUUUUUCUAUUGUUAUUUUUUGAAACAGUAAUCAUUAAAUUUUGUUUUCUGUUAACAUGUCGAGAUAUUAACCUUUCUUUUCUCCACAUUUUAUCGUUUAUCUCAUAUAAGUUUGUAAUUAUGUGUGCCUUAAUCAUUACAAAAUUUUUGUUUUAUUUAUUGUACCUUAUGUACACAUCUGUCUAUGGAGAUCCAGAGAAUAUCCUAGAAAAACAAGAUUUAAAUAAGAAAAUUGUAAUGAACAACAAUUCACAUAAUAUAUUCAAAAGUAUGAGUCCAACAUUUUCCUCUAAUUUUACCCCAUACAAUAUCAUUCUGUUUUUAAAUGGUCGUACAAUGUAUAGGUUGACUCAGAUGUACUUCUACCCAACAGUGAGUAUUCAGAUGAUUCAGCUUUUCAAAUCAAUUCAUUUGUAUGUUCAUGACAAUUCCAGCUUGUCCAAUCAUUUAAACAUUAAGCGAAUUAAUAUUUUGAUCCUUAUUUUUUCCCUUUUACAAAUUUUUUUGUGUUGGAUUUUGACCCCCUAUUUUGCCUGA